AUGCCUGUUGGGGGGGUGGGGGGGGGGGCGCCGCAGGCUGGUUUUGUCCCCUCGGAAGGGAUUGCGCUGCGGAAUGCGGUAAAGCUCAUGGCGACCGACAUAGAGACCGCCGAGCUGUUCCCGGAAGUGACGAUGUCCUCCUUCACAAAUGAUCUCGCGUGCGACAAGAGCAACAACAAAAUGAUUUACCUCUGCAGAACGACCAAGUCAAGGAAAAAAAAAAGGAAGGCGUGGUGGUGCUUGGCCAUCAACACACUCGUUCAGGAGCUCAGUGAUCAGAGACCUAUGGUGUGUGGUUUGGCACUCCGCGCCUGCUCGGCGUGGCACGUGCGCGACUGACUCGAGUAGCUUACGCCACUUCUCGAUAAGACCAUGGCGGCCUCCUCAGAAGAAGUGCACAAAGCAACCGUAUGAUGCCCUCUCUUCACGUUCACUCUCACUUCCAGUGACUUUAGGAGCUCAAGUCGUUGGAGCACGGCCUGCGCCUGCUGUCCGAACUCGACUUGCAAGUGAUCUUCAAGACACUAGAUGUGGUGCAUGAGAUAUCCUGGAGUGAUGCGGCGCAGGAGCCUGACUGCAAAACGGUAUCUCCUAUUCACGGGGAACCGCACGCUGCUGUACCAUCUCCUUAACCUGUGCUACCCCUUGCGGACGAGUAGCAGUCUGAUUCAGGUGCUCCACCUGUGUCUUGAGGGCACGCCCACAAGCGAGGGGGAUGGGUAAGACGACGAAUCAGCUGAACUGCGCCUCACGUCCAACAGCUCUGGCGUGGUGAUGACGUACAGUCACGUUUUUCUCCGCUUGACGCAGAAUCCCUCCACGCUGGAGCGCGAAAUGCUCGAACUUCUCCGCGAGGCGCUGCGCGUUGUGCUCCUGAGUGAGGUCAGUGUAGCCGUCUUUGUAGCCCUGUGCCAGAGCAAAGGUGCUCGUAAACACGACGCGAGGCUUUUUGUCAGGGACUUCUAACCAUUCAAGUGUCCCAUGAAAGCGUUUUUGUGCAAUCAGAGCAUCACGAUGGACAUCCGCGCCUCCGUGGGCUCUGCGUGCUCAGCCCCAGUCCACUCAUGAAGGCGCUUCGUCGCCCAUUUGGAGGCUCGCAGCACUGCCGUUGCCCGCUCUGCCAUCGCUACGCUGGGGCGCAUGCCGCUGAGGCUACCAAAGGCACUGAGUGCCACCCUCACUUUCUUCACUAAAAUCAUCACACUCAGUCUAGAGAAGACGGGCGUGGCGUCACGCUGACGAUGCCCGCGGACAUGCUACAAGGAGGCACCGUUCGUCGAUAGUGAAAGUUGGUGGAUACUUCUCGAGCUGGUGGACACGUUCGGCGAAUUCAUUGACGAUGCCCCGUACCUGGUGGCAAUCUUCCUCGAUAUACUACUGAAGAACUCAGCAGCGUUGCGGCUGCGACUGCUGACCUCUGUCGCGACACUCCUUUUCAAAGGUCCACAUGAGAUACAGCGGCGCCUCAACGGCAUCCCCCACAUGCCUCCAGCCGACUUUACGAAUGCCGACGUGUUACACAGGAGGACGGUCUUGUGUUGCGGUCUCCUCAACACCGAAAUGGCCGCCACGACGCGGGUAUUUUUCGCCGCGAAGAAAGCGGUGCUCUCCUCCAUCGGGGGCGUGGAUGCCAGUGUGCUGGACCGAUUUAUAGCAGAGUUGGACAUCUUUCCCAUGGUCAACAGGGCGCCGCAAGAGAAACUUCUUCAUGCGAAGGGGGAAGCAGCGGCGUUGGGGGACGUGGAGCGCGGAGGCGACGGAAGAAGAAGCUCAGAUGGAGGACAACGCCCGAGGCAACGGAGAAAACACGUGGCGACGGCGAUGCUGCGCCGCUGGCGGGGUUGUGACUCUCUCACAACGGCAAGCUAG